GUUCUCUCAGCAGAAGACGCAGCGUCACAGACUUUACAUGACUACUCCUCCUUAGGACUCAAGUAACGUUACACUCGCUAAGAACCGCUAGCACACAGUGGAGAGAGAAAAAAAGAAAGUUUUAAGUUAGAAUAGAAAGAUUUUAAUUCACCUCGUUUUGAGACACGUAAGACGUUUUAAAUGCAACGCUGCUUGAUAUAUGAGAAGAGUAUGGCAGCCGAGACGAGGAACGGCGGGAGUUCACUGAACAACAACAACUGUAAAGACCACAGCAGGAGGAAGCUACUGGUUGGAGUGGACCUCUUCUGCUUGUUCUUAGCCGGCCUGCCUUUCUUGGUCAUUGAGACCAGUGCUGUUCAGCCUUACCAAAGAGGGUUUUACUGCGAUGAUGAGUCCAUCAAGUACCCGGCCAAAAAUGGAGACACCAUUAGCGACGGUGUGCUUAGCGCUGCUGGCAUUCUUAUCACCAUCCUCUCUAUCGUCAUUGGGGAGAGCUACAGGAUCUACUUUCUGAAUGAGGGAUCCAAGUCUUUUGUAGGGAACCCCUACAUUUCCGCUCUCUACAAGCAGGUGGGCGUGUUCAUCUUCGGCUGUGCCAUCAGCCAGUCCUUCACUGACAUUGCCAAAGUGUCAGUGGGUCGCAUGCGCCCUCAUUUCCUCGACGUGUGCAAACCUGACUAUUCCACUAUCAACUGCUCCCUGGGCUACAUCACUGACUACCAGUGUCAGGGGCCAGAGAGCAAAGUUCAGGAGGCCAGGAAAUCUUUCUUCUCUGGACAUGCAUCAUUCUCCAUGUACACCAUGCUUUAUCUGGUGUUUUACCUGCAGUCUCGUUUCAGUUGGCAUGGAGCCCGGCUGCUGCGCCCUCUGACCCAGUUCACCCUCAUCAUGAUGUCUUUCUACACCGGCUUGUCCCGCGUGUCUGAUCACAAGCACCACCCCACUGAUGUCCUGGCAGGCUUCAUACAGGGAGCCCUUGUGGCCUAUUGCAUAGUAUUCUUUGUGUCAGACUUGUUCAAGCCUAAAGGUAGACGUUCCAUCUUGACUCCAACUCCAGUGAAAAAAGAUCUUGUUCCUCCAGCAGACAUCAGAGAGCGGAGCAAUCAUCUCAUCAUGGCAUAGAGAGGACUGCAAAUUGACUGCACAUAACCCUGACCUGUGCCAUUUUAAAAUCACUACUACAGCCACUGGCCAAGACUGGAUAUAAUAAACUCCAACUAUCUGGAUAAUGCAGACAAAUAUGGAAUCUUGAACAUCUCAGAGUUUGAGAAGAGGCCACGGAAAACAGUCUAGCAAGUUUUUGCUUUCUCAAUGGAAAUUUCCAUCUUUUUUCCUCUGUCUCACCAGGCAUUUAAAUGUGGGGAAGAGAGGACAAAUCAUCUUUCUCAUUGCCAGGGAUAUUUGUCCCUCUUCUGUUGUGAAAAAAGAUUUGCCUGGUCUAUUCUCCUCUGUCAAGGCCGUUCCAUGAACUCAAGUCUGAAAUCAGACAAAACCAAGAAAUGGCAGCUGCAUCCAGCAUGGGAGCCAUACUAAUAUUCAUGUCAAUCACUCAACAAAUUCCUUUAUCAGGAAGGAUGUUGUUUUUUAUUUUGAUUUUAUUGCAAACAUAAGCAUUUUUUAUGUGUGAUUUAUAGCACUAUUUUAGCUAAACUUAGUACUGUUUGUCACCACUUGAAUGACCUGAAGUGAAGCUUUUGGAAAGCUUUGUAAGCCUUUGUAAUCUUUUAUUAUGUCCAUUGUGUGGUGUUCCUUGGUAGGUGCACAUGAGUUACAGUAGGUGGAAAAUACAGUGAAGGGCAUAUGUGUUGGAUGUGGGCCUCUUUCUGCUGGCUAGGACGAGCCCCCACUGAGCCAUUUAAUGAAAUGACUGUCUGUUAUAUGUAGCAGGCGGGUGCUCACACGUGUUAGGUCAGAGUGUGUGUUGGGUGUGUCCGUUGUGUGUGUGUGUGUGUGUGUGUGUGUGUAUAUGUACGUUUGGGUGGGUGCUCUGUGAGUGUGCCAGUGUCUUAAUGUCAUGUCUAUAUAUUUCAAUGUUUAUAGCCUACAAGUGUGCCUCUCUCCAGCCAGAGAACAAGGCACCUGCUCCAACAGACUCAUGUAACUCAACUCAAGAUAGGAACACUGUGGAAAACGCAUCACAUGCAGCACAUGUACUUUACUGUUACUAAUCAUAGUGAUGAUUCACAUCACUGAGACAUCCUGUGAUAUAUAUAUACUGUAUUCUACACAGGCAUUUAUAUACUCAGAAAGACAGGGACUUCCUAGAGCAUUCAAUACUUAUAGUAGCUUCUCAGUACCAAAGCACAAUUUAGCAAAAUAAUAAAAAAAGAAAGUAGUUAUCAUUUUGGCACAUCAUUAAAACUGACUGCUUAACAUUUCCCAAGACAUGAGCAGUAAUUCAGUAGGGCUGACGAGAUUUGACAUUAUAAUAGACAAAGUAAUAAUGUUGCUCAUAUGUUUGUAUGGCAUUGAUGUAAUUAACUUUUUAGCAAAAAUGAAUUAACUUAAAACCACUGUCUGAAAGCGUGAAUCCUAGAGACAUACUUUGAUCUGACACGGAAUAUACGGAAACUAGUUAUUUUUUAUACAGGUUUUGGAAAUCUAUAAACAGCAUCAGAAAAUUCUGCGUGCUACCAUAUAUUGUACAAUACUGCAUCACGUUUGUGUGUGUAUCUAUAUAUACUGUAUAUAUAUAUGUGUGUGUGUGUGUGUCUUUUCAAGAAACACCCACUAUGACUUUGUGUCGAGACCUGUGUAAACGUGAAAACAUGCUGCUUGAAGAGGCAAAGCUUGGCAGAUGCCAUCCAAUAAAGUUGACAACUUGUGAAUAUUAAGUUUUAUGAAAAACUAAGCUCUCAAUGUGGAUAGCUUCAGUACAUUUCUAUUAAAAAGUGCCUUCCAAUAUUUUUGUAUGAAAUUUUGUACAAUGGAACUGUAAGACUGUAUCAAAGAUAAAAUGUCUUUAA